CGAACUUUCAGGUUCCAUAAAAUGUUGGGAGAUUCUUGUGCGUUUUCUUAAGUAUCUGAGCAACUCAACUUCCAUGCAGUUAGUUGAGUAUCUGAGCAACUGAUGGAACUCCAUGCAGUUAUGUAAGAUUUGAGGUUUUCACGGCGAUGGCUAUGAAGAAAGCAGUCUUCUGGGAUGUGGCACCGUGUAGUUAUUGUGUCAACACGAUGUCUACAUGGUCUACACGGCGCCAAAUCCUAGAAGACUGAUUUUCUCCAUUCAGUUAGUUCGGUAGUUACUUACUUAUUUAGGCCCAUCUUUAUAUGAUUUCUGGAAGACUGAAUAGGCAGUUAUUGUCCCCACGUUUCUGUUCGUCGAUUAAUUGAUUGAGUGAUUUAUGUAAUUGGAGAUGUAAAUUCUGGAUAUUCACGACGUUCAAGCGGAUUUAAUACGACGUGCACUCUCAUGCCAAUAUCUAAAAACAAUAUGAGUAAAACUGCGUCAAGAUGUGCGUGUUAAUAGCCUUGUAGAAAAAUGGAUUCAAAUUUCAACGACAUGUACCAGGCAGAUACAGUAGCAACCUGUGACACUGCUGCAUUAAAGAGUCUGGGAUGCAGUGAUGAUGUGGCGCACACUGAGCACCUGGAAUCGGACAUCUUGCUAUCAAUUAAGAAAGAGGACUUGUUACAGGAAGAAGAAAUUCAUUUCUCUGAUGGUACAUCUGUAGGAGACAGUAAUAAGAAGUUCUUUGAAUUAACACCUGUGGAGUUUGAAGUGCAAGAAUCAUUCACCAACUAUGAUACAACUGCCUAUCAAGAGAGUAGUGAUGACCGCAGCACGCGCACAGAGCGGAAAAUGCCAAGCAAGUGGUCUGAGGAGGCUACUCUCAAAUUUGUAAAAGAAUAUAGACAGCUUGAAUGUCUCUGGGAUGUCAAAUCUUCAUCAUAUAGGAACAAGAUUGCGCGUGAUGCAGCAUACAUGAAACUUGCGGACUGUGCCAGUCUGCCUGGCUUCACUGUGCAGGAGGCAAAGAACAAGAUCAAGAACUUGAGGUCAACAUACAGUCAGGAAUUGAAGAAGGUGAAGCAGUCUAAGAAGUCUGGUUCUGAUGAAGUUUAUCAGCCUUCUCUAAUAUGGUACAAGGAGAUAGAUGCUUUCCUUGGUCCUGUCAUAGCAAGUAGGGAUACUCAGACUUCCAUGGAAGCUGAAGUCAGCUCUGUGAUGGAAGAAGCCAUCACAGAAAAUGAAGACACCUUGGAGGGAAAUGUGCAAGCUGUUUCUCCAUCCCAGUCACAGCUUUCGACACCUACGGAACCUGCUGAAGUUCAGUAUGACAGGAAAUGUGUUAAACGAAAUCAUCCAAAUCUUCCACCACAAAUCUUGCAGUGCAAAAAGAAGAAGGUAACACAUGGGAGUCAGACAGCAGCUUCAUCUGGAAGUCAGCUUAAUCAGUCUCAGAGUUCCAACAAGAAUGAUGAUGAGUUUGAUGCAUUUGGAAAGAGUGUAGCUGCUCAACUAAAGAAAUUUUCCUUGGCUGGUGCUUUGAAAACGCAAGUGAAGAUUCAAUCUCUUCUAGCGCAGGAACGCAUCACUGAUGCAAUGGAGUCAGAAUCUAUGUCACCAAAUGAGGAAUUCAAUCAUAUGCAUACCCCACUCACGCCCUUGUCACAUCACAGUCAGGCAUCCCAGAAUGAUUCAGUUUGCUGCAACUGUGUUCAUGAAGCGUCACAAGUGUACAGCACAAGUGAAGGGCUUGAUGACAUAAACUCAGCUGAUAUAUUGUCUCAGGCUGUCAAUAGUAUCUUACCUCAAUGAUGAUUUCUUCAUCAAAGUUGAUAUGUAAGUAUAUAUAUAGUGCUGCAUUUUGCCAGAACAGGUUAAAGAAAUGUUAGCCCAUUGAAUACAACCCUCACAGAGCAGCUUUCUACAAAGCGUUGAGACUGCAGAAACCUUCAUUGUGAACUUAAGGUGAUUAUGAAAACUUAUGUCUGAAUUGAGAAUGGUUUGAAUAUUUUUCCACAAAUGAUACAUUGUGUUCAGAAGUUGUGGUCUCAAUUAGAAACUCCAACUGACUACACAUUGUUUCCGAGGUUUUAUAAAUAUUCCAUUAGGCAUAAACUUAUGAUUUUUAUAUUUUGUCAUAUUAUCAUGCAUUGUGUGACCAGAUGCGGGGUUUAGAUUGGUAAUCAGAUUAACUGGACUCAUAUUUUCAUCUGGUAAUGCUCCAACACCAUAGAUUCGUCAGCUUCCAUGUUCUGCAGCUUCUGUCUUCACUGGCUGGUGACUGUCUGUCCUCUUUAACUAGACGUCACCUAGUCAAGAGUCUUCUAACAAAGGCUGUUCCUUCCACCUUUACAGUUCAAAAAUUGCACUCACUGACUGCCUUUUAAGGCUCCUGACUCUCAUGACUACACUUUACAAAUUACAAAUCACUGUCACACACAGACUGGUGUUCCCAUUCAUGGUUUUCCCUGCACUGCUGGGCAACGUCUUCCAACAGUGGACAUUUCUCUGCUCCUGCAUGCAGGACAGACCCAGUUCAAAACACCUCUUCCAGCAGUUCUCUUGUUGUAGCAUAACAUCACUGCUGUCGCUGAGAGGUGUUUAUUGUGCCAUAAAACAGCAAUGGGUGACAUAUUUAGCGAGUGGCAUGAUGUGUUCAGUUGUUGCUUGUAAACAUGGCCAUUGUCACACAACAUCCACUGAGCCACUGCGACGGAUAUGUUUACAGAACCAUUCCCAUGAACUGCCAUCUCUGCUGACUUCACAGUUCUUGCUGUCAGCUGACAUGUGACAGUAUGAGUAGAAGAAAGUAAGAUGUAUGUUGGAAAACUGUUCUAAUAUUGUUCAUAUGUUUCAUAGUGCUGAACUACUUGAAUUGUAGUGAUGACUGUGCUACACAGUGUUUUGUAUUUUAGAAAGACGUUUUGAAUUCUUAUUGUAUGGAUCCAGGAUGGAUGAUAUUUUGUAUCAAGAAUGUUUGUAAUUCUCGAUAGUUUUACGUAAUUGUUAGUCUUUAUUAAGCCAUAUGUUGUACUGUUUCUGUGGGAGGUUCAGCUGGUUCGGCAGUGAUUUCAUUAGUAGUAAAGUUUCCCCUGACUGUAAAUCUGGAAGACAGCCCCAUAGUGUGGAUGGUAAAGUUUAUCAGCUUAUUAUUUAUAUAACCUACAGUUUUUAUGUAAGUUUUAUGAAAAUCAAAUUUGAAAUGCACAUGAAAAUUAAAUUCUGCUGAAGGAACCACCAUAACAACAGUUCUUAAUUUCCAUUUGAAUAAUCUCUUUUCUCAGUACUUUUCCUUAAAUUUGUUUUAUUUAAUUCAGUCCCAGGAUUCUGUGGCAUGGGGCUAGCUCAUGGUGGCUUAUCCAAAUUGAGGGUGAUGAGGGGGUUGAUUGGUGGUGAUGAAAAUAAUGCACACCGACAUUUGUGCUCUAGAUUGGAUGCAAACCUGUUGUUUGCUCAGCCAAAGUUGUGCAUGUAUUAAACCUCUGCUUGAAGUAUCUUCUUCCGUUUUGGAGGGGGUCGACCCCUCCACAAGGUCCAAUACUUGUCUUGUUGUAGGCCGACAGAAGAUCCAGCUAUUCGCUUCACAAUCUUCACGCUGACAAUCUCAUUGAAGGUCUCCUU